GUCGCUAACGCCCCCGGUGGGUGGUCCAACUGGGUUCGACACAGGCUGUCCUCCGCCUUGGACUGUCAACCCAGUCGGUUGGACCGUCCGAGUCCAGGAUGAACGAGACGGAGGGGCUGCGGAUCCGGAGGCUGCACCGGCCGCAGGUCAUCACCGACGAGCUGCCGGAGAACCGCUACAAAGGCACCAGGUACCGGACCGAGCCAUCAGGAGGCGACGGGCAGAACCUGACUGUCAGACCCCAUCUGUGUCACAGCACCGGGUCACGCACCUAUAGUGGGAAGGUGUUUCAGGUGACUCUACUAUCUCUGGGAGGUUUUUUGCUUCUUCCUCUGCUGGUGAUCAUCCUCAUCCUGGAAUCUCCCAUCCAGCCUGAAGUCUUCAGUCUGAAGGAGCCUCCAUCUAUGAAGGGCUGCUGGGAGCCCAACCUGAAGCUCCGCCAGGCUCAGAGAGUGUUCGAAGACCAGAUCAUUGGACCAGAGUCCAUCGCCAACAUAGGAGAUGUUCUGUUUGCUGGAACAGCUGAUGGAAAGAUAGUGAAGCUGGCUGGACAAAGAAUCCACACAGUGACGAGACUCGGAAAACCUCCGUGUGGCUCUAGAGACGACGAGCCAACCUGCGGGAGACCGCUGGGGAUGCGGGUCGGGCCUAAUGGGACUCUGUUUAUUGCCGAUGCCUACCUGGGUCUGUAUGAGGUCAAGCCUACCACAGGUGAGACGACCCGGUUGGUUCCGGGUGGUCAGGUGGUCGCUGGCAGGAAGCUGUCCUUCAUUAACGAUGUGGCAGUGACGCAAGACGGGAAAAAGGUCUACUUCACUGACUCCAGCAGCCGGUGGCAGCGCAGGGAUUACAUGCACCUCAUCAUGGAGGCCACGGCCGAUGGACGGGUGCUGGAGUACGACACCGACACCAGGGAGCUGACGGUGGUGAUGGAAAACCUUCGGUUCCCCAACGGCAUCCAACUGCUGCCUGACGAGGAGUCGGUGCUGGUGGCGGAGACGACCAUGGCCCGGAUACGCAGAGUCCACGUGGCCGGGCUCAACAAAGGAGGCAUGGACACGUUCAUGGACAACCUGCCCGGCUUCCCAGACAACAUCCGUCCCAGCUCCUCUGGAGGCUACUGGGUGGCCAUGUCUGCGGUGCGGCCCAACCCCGGCUUCUCCAUGCUGGACUUUCUGUCCCAGAGACCCUGGGUCAAGAAACUCAUAUUCAAGCUCUUCAGUCAGGAUGUGCUGAUGAAGUUCGUCCCUCGUUACAGUCUGGUAGCGGAGCUCCACGAUGGCGGCGUCUGCACUCGGAGCUUCCACGAUCCCAGCGGCCUGGUGGCGGCCUACGUCAGCGAGGCCCACGAGCAUGAUGGAAGUCUGUACAUCGGGUCCUUCCGCUCACCAUACAUCGCCAGGCUGGACCUGAGCAAAGUGUAGAAACCCAGCUCAGCAGUAAAGAACCUGUUGAUUGAGGAAAUUGGGGCAAGUCAUGGUCCCCAGAGGAUGAAUAAACUGUUGUUUAUUUCGUAAGUUCAGUGUCAUGAAAGCGGUGUUGCAUUCUGUGUCAUCUUGUUGCUUUAUACCUGCCUCAGGAUGUGAUGAAGAGCGUUCACACUCAUUGUCUAUUAAAAGCUUCCAGUCUGUGA